UUACGCUGCGCAGACGGAAAGCCUUCCUUCAGCUUUCAGCCAGCUGUCUGCUCGGUGAAAUAAACAUGACGAUGUUGUCAAGUAUCGUGUUCCCAGUGCCACAGGACUAAAAGUUCAACACUGACUGCAACAGGGAAAGCCGGAUAUUGUGUUUAUUUAAAUCUGUGACAAGCUGUUGCUGGACUGACACCAUUUUAACAAGCUGAGAAGUGGACUCGUAGCUUGCGAUUGCAAUGCCUCUGCUGUUUUUGGAGAGGUUUCCUUGGCCCAGCCUGCAGACCUACACAGCACUGAGUGUGGCUUUGCUUGCUGGUAGCAUCUUCAGUGCCUACACCACAGUAACUGACCCGGGAUUUGGGGCCUUGGAAACGGAUGAGGCACAGCCUCCCUCCGAGGUGGAGCGUGAACUUCUAAAGAAUGAUAUUAGUAACACAGAACUGGCAACAACUGUCCUGUGGUAUCUUGUCACAGACAGUCUCUUUGUGUGGGUGUUAGUGAACACAUUCUGCUGCUCAUUGAUGUUAAUUGCUAAAAUGAUUCAGUACGUGGUGUUUGGCCCACUCAGAGUCAGUGAGAAGCAGCACCUGAAAGAUAAAUUCUGGAACUUCAUUUUCUACAAGUUCAUCUUCAUUUUUGGUGUACUGAACGUCCAGACAGUGGAGGAGGUGGUCAUGUGGUGUCUGUGGUUCUCCGCACUCGUUUUUCUCCACCUAAUGGUUCAGCUCUGCAAGGAUCGCUUUGAAUAUCUGUCUUUCUCCCCAUCCACACCUAUGAACAGCCAUGUGCGAGUGCUCUGUCUGCUGGUCUCCCUGCUUCUGGACUGUUGUGGCCUGGCUGUGGUCUGUGGCCUCCUGGGAGCUUCUCAUGGCAUGCACACGCUCUCCUUCAUGGCAGCAGAGUGUCUGCUGGUGACUGUGCGCACUGGACAUGUCAUCAUGCGAUACUCAAUUCAUCUCUGGGAUUUGAACCAUCCAGGGACUUGGGAGAGUAAGGGGACAUAUGUCUACUACACAGACUUCAUAAUGGAGCUGGCCAUGCUGUUUCUUGACCUAAUGCACCAUAUCCAUAUGCUGCUUUUCGGGAAUAUCUGGCUGUCCAUGGCAAGCUUGGUUAUCUUCAUGCAGCUGCGAUAUCUUUUCCAUGAGGUGCAGCGCCGUGUCCGCCGACAUAAGAACUAUCUGCGUGUCAUUAAUAACAUGGAGACAAGAUUUGCUGUUGCUACUGCAGAGGAGCUGGCAGCCAAUGAUGAUGAUUGUGCCAUUUGCUGGGAUGCCAUGCUUACAGCACGCAAACUGCCCUGCGGUCAUCUCUUCCACAACUCUUGUUUGCGCUCGUGGCUUGAGCAGGACACGUCGUGUCCCACAUGUCGGAAAUCCCUGAAUAUUAGUGGGGAUGGGGGCCAAGCAAGAAGCCCGCAGCAGGGUGGGGGUUUGGAGGACAACAUUGGCCCAGUUGGAGCUCCCCCAGAUGCCAGACCACAUAUCAACCAACACAAUCACUUCUUCCACUUUGAUGGAUCUCGUAUCGCCAGCUGGCUGCCCAGUUUCUCAGUAGAAGUAAUGCAUACUACUAACAUCUUGGGCAUUGCUCAAGCAAAUAACUCCCAGCUUAUGGCUAUGGCUCAUCAGAUUCAAGAGAUGUUUCCUCAGGUGCCCUCCUACCUGGUACUGCAAGACUUACAGUUGACCCGCUCUGUGGAAGUUACUACUGACAACAUCCUGGAGGGACGUAUCCAGGUGCCUUUCCCUACGCAGGCCAUAGAGCGAGCCCCUUUACAGGUUAAUCCUGCACCAGAUGAGCAGCCUGGGUCCAGUGGAGCAGCUGAGCAGGGUGAAUCUGACAACUUGGAGGUUAGAGGAGGCCGCUUCUCUAAGUCUGCAGAGGAGAGGCAGAAGAUGUUAAAGCAGAGGAAAGAAGAGAUGCUUCAGCAAGCACGCAGGAAGUAUCUGAACAAAAAUUCGGAGGAUCAGGAUGAAGAUUUGCCUGGACUGGAGGAGGAUGUCCCAGAAUUGGACUCAACUGUGCUAAGACGCAGAACCAUGGCAGCAGCUGCAGAGAGACGUCUACAAAACCUACAGGACCCUGCGCCCUGAUUCUGGCUUCAGCAGAAGGGUGUAGUACAUUGUUACCCUAAGAGGCACUGACAGAGCUAUUUCAACUUUUUUCCCCAUUUGGUGUAGUCAAUGGUCAUCACCUAAAAAACAUAAAACAAAACACACAAAAAAAUAAAAAAACCAUUGCAGACAUGGCCUUGGAGCUGUUUUGAGGCUGCCUAAAAAGGUGAGACUAUUGUAAAUAGCCUCUGUAUCACUGAUUCCAGCCUAGUAUUUGAGUAUUAUAUAUAUAUAUAUAUAUAAAUAUAUAUAUAUAUAUAUAUAUAUAUAUAUAUAUAUAUAUAUAUAUAUAUAUAUAUAAUAAUUGGUGCAAGUCAUGAAAUGCAAGGUUGCAUUGCCCUCUAUACACGUGCCACACAAUGCAACCACCAGCUUCAAUAGACAGCCAGCAGCUGUCAUGAUUCGGACUGGCUGUCAAAAAACGAGCAUGCUUUGCAUUCAGAAGACUAUUACAAGAAGAUGUUUAUGAGAAGGGUUUGAAGGUGUUUUUGGUAGAUAAAGCUGUUAUAUGAGUCUUGGUUUUCCUUUUAUUACAUUAUGCCCAUGGCAGAAAAUUCUGUAUUCUGGAUGGAGGAACUCAUCUGAUGUGUCUGUGUGUUAUUUUAUGAGUUUCAACUGUGAAUUAAGUGUAGGCAAAAUAACACAUUCUUAUUUCUUACCUAGGCGUAAGAGAAUGUCACUUUAGUAUUGUUCAGCCUUUCUGUCAAAUAUGAAUGUUUCUAUCAGGAAAAAAUGCUGCAAACAAGGUUGUUUGUUUGUUUGUUUUUUCUUUCUUCUUUUUCACCCACAUGGGUUGUUUUCUAUUUAGUGUGUAAUAUCACCUGUUGCAAACAGUUUGCAUUUUGUUAUUUAACAAGAUGGGGAAAUGGGCCUGUAAAUCUUUUUUCCAAAACCGGUCCCUUUGCGAUGCAUAUGCAGAAAAUAGGGAUGUAUUACAUUCUGUUCAGUGAGUGUUACAUGUGGUGUCUUUGCUAAAGGAACCUCUGCGCGGUAAAACUAUUUCUUAUUCUGUUGAUUAAUGGGUGUGACCAUCUGUUGAGAUGGGCAGAAAUUGUCAAGUCUGCAACAGAUGGACUUCCUGUGGUGCAUUUUAACUUGCUUGUUUUGCCACCAAUUCUAGAGGCUUCGUCAUUUUUAUCUGUGAACCCUUUCUUCUUUUGCUAGAAAUGGUGGUGCCUCUUGCAUAUGUAGCAAAAUAAGUGAAAUUCUUAGCAAAUAACUGACUUUCACCUUGUUUAAAUAUUCUGCAACCCAAAUGACUGAGAAUCUUCAUGAAUAAACUUUUUGGGUUUUUUAUUUGAGUGGGCUUUGUCUGCUUACAUUGAAUACUAGUUAAGAAAUUACACCAGCGGAGGAACAUAAUCACCUGCUGGUUUAAAAAAUUCGAAAAUGUACAACAGUGCAAACUGAAUGUGGCCCUCGAAGCUUUUUGGGUAUUGGUAUAUUUCACUGAAGCUGGUUGAUGCAUAUCGACAGAUAUAAUAAUGAAGUGUGUUUGAAUUCUGUCAUUACAGUGCAAAAAGGCAGUUUGGGGUGAGAUAUGCAUGAAUCUAUAAAAGUGAUUAUGUUUUCUUCAACUUUAUCCCAAAGAACAGCCCACAAACUUCCACUAAAGCUGAAGUGUUGUUAUCUUUGUGUGCUCAUUUUAUUGCUCAGACUUUUAGCAUAGGAUUUUAGUUUAAAGAUUUUAAUUAGUCAAAAUGUAAAAAAACUAAAACUGGACAGUUUGGUUUUCAUUUUUUCAUUCAGUUACUUAGCAACUUUUAAAAUCCAUGAUAUAUUUUCCUAUGCAUGGAUUACCUUUCAUAAUCAUUAACUAUGGAAUCAGAAUUUAAAUACUUUUUUUGGACUGAGCUUUCUGGUAUUUUUGUGCCUAAAUCAAGAUGGUUCAGUUAUGGAUAAUUUCUGUAAAUCUAGUUUUUGUAAAAUAUGUUAAUAUAAAAGACUCAAUAAACAGAGCUUCUACAGCUUUUUAACAAAUGAUGGUUUGUAUCCUUUGUUUACUGGUUUUUCUUUUUCUUCUGUUUAUUGAGACAACAUUGAUUUCUGGCUUUACUUUGCAGAUGUAAACCUCCAGUCCUAAUAGUGCAGCCUAAUCUUUCAAUUCCCAAGUUCAACAAAUGAGGUUGAGAUUGUUAAGUUUUCUUUAGUUGAGGUUAUGCUCUCAUUUCAUGAUUUCUGAUUGGACCUGGAUUGCUGUUGAUUAAAAAGACAAGGUUUAUAUUUA